UACCUGUAUUGUGUCUAUUCCUGUUACAGUUAUUAGUAAAGGAGACUGAGAUACAACAGUUGAAGGAUCAUCAAACUGAAAAGGAACAGCUACUGGAGCAAGUAAGGUCCAUCACUGAUGAUGACGAUAUUUUUGGAUUUUUUGAUACUCAAACCGAACGACUGAUGGGCCUGGAAUCAGACAAGAAUCAAUUGAAUUUGAUAAUUAAUGAGUUACAAGAAAUAAUUGAUAAUAAUAAUGAAAAGAUUAGAGAACAAGAAGUUGAAUUAUCAUAUUAUUCUGAGUUAAAGAGAGAUCACGAGUUAUUGAAGACACAGCAACUGUCACUGGAAUAUAAACUGGAGACAUACCAAACUGAACACAUUAACAGUGAAGGAGAGUUAUUGAAGAGAUUGGAGUCACUGAAAGAAGAUAAUGAAAUAUUACAAGAAAGAAUUAAUGCACUAACAAUGGAGAAUGAUACCAUCAGUACAAGACUGGAAGAAACUACACUGGAAUUGACUAGUUGUAAAGGAAGACUAUCAUUAUCAGAAGAACAGCUGAACAGGUUACAGGAACAAGAAGAAUUGACUUUUAAGGAGAAAGAGGAGCUUAGAUCAUCACUGGAAAUAUUACAAGAAGAGAAGUCGAAACUACAACAAGAGUAUCAAGAGAUAGUAAAGGAGAACGCUUCAUUAUCUGGUCAUCGUAACCUAAGACAAAGGAUACAGUUCCAUGCUGACCUCAAGGAGAAGUACCACAAGCUACUUGAAGAUCACAGGGUGUUGGAGGAGAAGUUCCAGUCUAAUUCAGCAGCUGUAGCUCAAGCACUGCUGAUGAGUAAAGAUCAACCGGUACCAUCACAACAAAGAGUGACCAGGAGCAAACUGAAGGGGAAGGAGAACAUUAGCAAAAUAGUUUAAUAUUAUUAUUAUUAUUAUUAUUAUUAUUAUAUUUAUUUAGUUUAUUAUUGUUUUUCAACCCUUUACUUUAUAAUAAAUGCUGUUUAACUCAU